UGUUUUUCAUGCCUCUAGAAACUUUUUUAGCCUGAUUGUACUUUUUACUUUAUUAGCAUACCUUACAGACAAAUUUUCAGUUCUUUGACUUCACUUUUGUUGUCUUUUUGGUUCUUGAAUAUAUAUCAGAAGAGAAGAUUUGUAGCUGCAAAUGAGUUUUUUUUUUCUUUUCAGUUUUCCACCAGGUAAUUGCUGGUAAAAUCAAACCUUAUGGGGGCAGCCUUUUCCCAAGCUGGAGACAGACGUCCUCAGGUUUUCCUCAAUUACCGGAAAGAAGAGCUCCUCCACACUUUCGUUAAACGUCUCUUGACUGAGCUCCAAAGAAAUAACAUCAACUACUUCAUAGAUGACAAAGUGCAGAAGGGUAAACCAAUAACCGAUCUCUUCGAGAAGAUCGAAGAGUCAGCUAUUGCGCUCGCAAUCUUUUCUAAGCGGUACUCAGAAUCAAAGUGGUGUUUGGACGAGCUUGUAAGGAUGAAAGAGUGCGUGGAGGCUGGUGAACUCGUGGUGAUCCCCAUCUUUGUCAAUGUGACCCCUAGCGAGGUGAAAAAAUUCAAUGGUGUGUUCGGUGUAACAUUCCAGAGGUUGAGGAAUAAAUAUGGGAAGGUGCAGAUCCAGAAGUGGAAAGAGGCUGUGGAGUACAUUGCUGGCAUAAGCGGCAUGGUCUGGAACGAUAGAUAUCCCGACUACGGUUUCUUUUUGAAAAUUAUCCCGACUACGGUUUCACUCAUCCAUGUACCUUAUCAGAUGACGUUCUAGUAAUGCGUACAACCAGGGAGGUUAAGAAAGAGCUGUUGAGAAGAGAUCCCAAUUACGGAAAAACAGAACAUGUCGGAAGUGGAGUAACUCUUCUCGUUUCUGCUACGUUGGCUUUUUUCUGUGGUUUCUUCUUACCAAAACUGCUUUUCACUGAUGGGAACCUUCGGUUCGCUGUAUCAUGGUUAGUCGGUCUUUUUGUUUUCUAUAAGGUUUUUCAGAUGAAAACCACCACAUGUGACCACAUCAUCAUCACCUCCUUAGAUACAUUAAGAAAUAUGUGGUAUAGAUAUUACAGAACCCCCAAAAAUGUUGACAAAAAAAACCACAAAAUAAGAAGAAAGUUAGAUUCGUAGAAAA